UGGUACAGGCGUGCGGCGUGCGCGCUGACGUCACCAGGGCGCAUCGUUGCUAUAAAAGCGUGGCCGGGCGGCGCGUGCUUCUCUUUCUCAGCUCUCGGAGCCUACGGCGCACGCGCGCAGCCAACAUGCCGGUGGCCCGGAGCUGGGUUUGUCGCAAGACGUACGUGACCCCUCGGAGGCCCUUCGAGAAGUCGCGCCUCGACCAGGAGCUGAAGCUGAUCGGCGAGUACGGGCUCCGGAACAAACGGGAGGUCUGGAGGGUCAAGUUCACCCUGGCCAAGAUCCGCAAGGCUGCGCGGGAGCUGCUGACGCUGGACGAGAAGGACCCGCGGCGCCUGUUCGAAGGUAAUGCACUGCUGCGGCGACUGGUGCGCAUUGGAGUGCUGGAUGAGGGCAAGAUGAAGCUGGAUUACAUCCUGGGCCUGAAGAUCGAGGAUUUCUUGGAGAGGCGCCUGCAGACCCAGGUCUUCAAGCUGGGCUUGGCCAAGUCCAUCCACCACGCCCGCGUGCUGAUCCGCCAGCGCCAUAUCAGGGUCCGAAAGCAGGUGGUGAACAUCCCGUCCUUCAUUGUCCGUCUGGAUUCCCAGAAGCACAUUGACUUCUCCCUGCGUUCUCCAUAUGGGGGCGGCCGUCCAGGCCGUGUGAAGAGGAAGAAUGCCAAGAAGGGCCAGGGUGGGGCUGGAGCCGGCGAUGACGAAGAGGAGGAUUGAGCCCACCCUUCCAUCUCCUUGGGGCGUGAAUUGUCUAGUUUCCCAGUCAGAUAAUAAAACAAAACCCUUUGGAACUGG